CGAUUUUGCUGUCAGUAGUGAUCGGGCCGCGGUCGAUUAAACGUCACUCGAAUUUAUUCAUGUAUCUGGUGGUUUUCACGUCCUACACCGUCCGUACGUCGUUUUCCGCUUGUCUGUCGUCGACUUGACGGAUCGCCGCGGAUCCGGCCCAUCAUGGGGCCCACCAAGUUACUCGUGUACUUUGCGCUGUGCUUCGCGAUAUUCGCGAGGGCCGGGUAUUCCCGGAAAAUCCCGGCCGACUCCGUCGCGGAGCCUUUGACCGCGGCCGCCUCCGACAACGUGCAGGCCGUCUUGGCGGCAACCGACUCAAAGGCCCUGGCCUUGUCGACGGGUGCGACGGCCGGUGCGGGAUUGGCGCAGCUCGACCAGGAUACGGCGGCUUCGCACAAAAAGAAGAAAAAGAAAAAGAAAAAAUCAGUCAAAGGCGGUGGAUCUAAAAAGAAAUCGGAACAUCAUUCGAAAAAAGGCCACAAGUCGGACAAGGGGUACAAGACGAAGCACCACCACGACCAGGGGAAAAAAGGUAAGCACGGGAAAGAGGAACACGAGGGACACUACAAAAAGGAGGGCGGCCACAAGAAGAAGAAGCACGACGAGGCCUCGAAGUACGGGCACCAUCACAAAGGCGAAAAGGGUCAUAAGGGCGCCAAGUACGGCGAAAAGAAGGGCCACAAGAAGGGACACAAAACCAAGGGCUAUCACAAUAAGUUCCACAAGGACGAGUACCACAAAGAGCACAAGUUUUACGACGACUUCCACAAGGGCGGCAAGCACAAGAAACACGGCGCCCACCAUAAGAAGCACGCCAGCAAAGAAGGCAAGCACAAGAAGGGCGCUCACCACAAGUCCGCGCACCACGCCGACAAGUACGGUAAGAAGGGGCACAAGGAAGGAGGACAUUACGACAAAGAGCACAAAGGACACCACGGCAAGAAGGGCCACGACCAACACCAUUCGCACAAAGAAGACUACGGCAAGAAGGGAGGACACAAGCACUUCAAGAAGUACGGGUUCAGCAAGAAGAAGAAGCAAGGUUGAACUGUGAAAAAUUGAUUGCAAUUUUCAUUGUUUAUUCCCUUUACCGACGCGACGUACUGAAACCCAAACAGUCUUUGAUUUUGUAUACCAUUUUAUC